AAACUUCCUCUUUCCUCUUCAAAUACUGAAAUGAACUGUGAACAGACACACACUUCUCAACCAUUAACACAGUUUGAGACCACAGGGUCCGCGAAUUAUUCACAAAGGAGCGCUUUAAAGCGUUUCGAUCAGCUGAUAUUUCCGAUAGUCAACUUUCUGUUGUCGUGCUUUGCUUGCGACUGCGUAUUUCCCUAGCUGUGCGGAUGAAGACAUGGUAAGGAGAGGAACUCUUUGCAGACGUUAUAUCAGCAUUGAAGAGAUUAUUGAAUGACUGAUACAUACUUGGAAAUCAAUUUGAAACAUUAAGUCGUUCUUUGUGCAUUUAAGGACGCCGAAUAAAGUGACUUUGAAGGUGUAGCACCUUCUUUCUUCACCCCUACUCGUAUUCCUGUUGCGGAUGAAUAUAGAAACGAAGUAGUGAAGCGGCCGGUGGUCGAAGGGAAGCCAUCUUGCAUAUGAACAAAGCUGCUGUAUAGAAUUUAUUAAAAUAUAAGUUGUUCAAAUUCGCAUUGUGUUAUUCACUUGUAUAUUUGGACUAUGCCUGGAUUAUUGCUACAUAUGUUUACAUAGCUAUGGCUGCUACAAGGAAGCUACAAGGAGAAAUCGAUCGGUGUCUUAAAAAAGUGACAGAAGGUGUGGAGACAUUUGAAGACAUUUGGCAAAAAGUUCACAAUGCUACCAACAGCAAUCAGAAGGAGAAGUAUGAAGCAGAUCUUAAGAAGGAGAUUAAAAAGCUCCAGCGGUUACGUGACCAAAUUAAGAGCUGGAUUGCCUCCGGAGAGAUUAAGGAUAAGAGUACGCUGCUGGAAUAUCGGAAGCUGAUAGAAACACAAAUGGAAAGGUUUAAAGUAGUGGAGCGAGAGACAAAGACCAAAGCGUACUCCAAAGAAGGCCUCGGUGCAGCACAGAAAUUGGAUCCAGCGCAGAAGGAGAGAGAGGAAAUGGCAGCUUGGCUGGCUUCCUCCAUUGAUGCUCUCAACCUUCAGUUGGAUCAGUUUGAAUGUGAGAUUGAGUCCUUGCUGGCGGGAAAGAAAAAGCGAUUAGACAAGGACAAACAGGACAGAGUGGAGGAGUUAAAGAGCAAGGUUGAAAAGCAUCGAUAUCAUAUUCGGAAGUUGGAGACAUUACUACGGAUGUUGGACAACAUGUCUGUGGAAGUCAGCCAGAUCCGAAGAAUAAAAGACGAUAUAGAAUAUUAUAUAGAAUCUUCACAAGAUCCAGAUUUUGAAGAAAAUGAAUAUAUUUAUGAUGAUAUCAUCGGACUGGAUGAAAUAGAACUGACUGGAGUCGGAUUGCCAUCAUCAGCGACAACAGACAGCAACAACAGCAAUGACACAGGCGGCACACCAACAUCUACAACAUCUGGAGCGUCACCUGCACCAUCGCCACCAUUAGGCACACUGCACAACCAUUCCAGUGAUAGCUCGGCCGAGGAGAAAAAGAAAGCGAAAGAAGAACUCCCCGCCAAGCCUGUCAAGCCUACCGCUGUGCGUGCCAGCAACAGCACUGCCCUGCUCAACUCGAGUGCCUGUCAAGCAGGCACAACAAAACCUGCCCUCAACACAACACUGAGCAAACCUGCAUCAGGUUCUGUGACCCAGUCAACACCCAACAACAGCUCCCCCAGCUCGGGACUCAGCAAUCACAUCGUACAUGGUGCAGAGAAUGGCACUGUUCAAGCAAAUGCCACUACAGCAGCACCUUUGCUGCAACUCCCAACACCACCACCUCAUCCAACAUCUUCGACUACACCGAGCUCUCAGUCACAACCAGUGCCCACUCAACCUUCAGCACCAGCGCAGCCAGUGCCAACACAACAACCUGGCAGUGGUAGUGGACCAGUGGGACAAACAUCUGCUGGACCUGCGCAGCAGUCCCAGCCAAUUCCUGCAGGGCAACCUCAAGUCUCCGGAACACAUCAUGGCCACCUUCAUCAUCAUCCAAUGUUACAUCACCCUGCGGGACAGGCGACAGGCACUGCACCUGCUAACCAGUCAUCAGCGGGACAAAAUUCUACACCUAAUACAGCGCAACAGCAAAUGGCUUGCAAAGGAGCAGCUGCGGGGCAGCAGCCUGCACCAGUGCCAGCACCUACACCUCUGACCAACUCUUUGGAGCACCAUUCGGCUCUCUCAGGCUCAGCGGGGACGGGCCCUGCAUCUCCACCUUCAUCAGUUAGUAGUGCUCCAUCACCACUGCCCAACGCUGGGCCUGCUCCCUCCCCAGCGCAGCCCAUUCCUAGCAAUGCAAACAGCCAGAACAGUGUACCUAGUGGACACCAAGUGCCACUCAAUGUUGCAACUCUCAAUGGACCCAUUGCAAGUAAUAAGCAAGUGAUCGACCGAGCGGGUCUGGAACUUCCACCUCCGGCGGGCAGUGGCGGUGGUAGCGGGGGCUCAAGUGAGUCGGGCAGCGGAGCUGGUGGGCGAGGGCUGUUUGACAAAACGUCAUCAGGAGGCAGCGGUGCACCAACAUCCGAGGCGCACAUCCCACCUUUACUGGGUGUUGCACCACUGGGGCCGGUUCCUUUGCAGAAGGAGCAUCAGUGCCAGUUCCAGAUGAUGGAGGCAGCAUACUUCCACAUGCCACAUCCUAGCGACUCUGAAAGGCUGCGCACGUACCUGCCGCGCAAUCCAUGCCCCACACCCCUUUACUAUCAUCAGGUUCCAUUACCCCACUCUGACACAGUGGAGUUCUUCCAGCGAUUAUCGACAGAGACCCUCUUCUUUAUCUUCUACUACAUGGAGGGAACCAAGGCCCAGUACCUGGCUGCCAAGGCACUCAAGAAACAGAGUUGGAGGUUCCACACAAAGUACAUGAUGUGGUUCCAGCGUCAUGAGGAGCCCAAGAUUAUCAACGAGGAGUAUGAGCAGGGCACAUAUAUCUACUUUGACUAUGAAAAGUGGGGCCAAAGGAAGAAAGAAGGUUUUACAUUUGAAUAUAAGUACUUAGAAGAUCGUGACCUGAACUGAGGAAGAGUCGGUUGUGGGGCCAGACCCAUCAGCAGUGACCCUGUAUAGAACAGCCUUUCCUUCCUCUGCUGUUGGAGAGUUGGCCCUGCCAGAGAGGCAGCCAGGGCCAUUUGUCCCCUGGUCCGGGGACACAUAGCCCAAACUGUGGGAGUCUCCACAGAAAGCAAGAGACAUUGUUUUUGGUACAGGUUAUCAUUAUUUUUUGUUCUUUCACCAUUCUGGGCAUCCGUCCGGAAACUGCACUGCUCCGCAACGUGUGAGUGGUGUUUGGAAAGAUCUCUCGAAGAAGCAUCGUCGCUGUCACAAGAGGACCCGGCUAGUUGUGGCUGUGGCGUUGGCCAGUUUUUCUGGGACAUGUGUAUUAUCAGUGUUGCGGCCGCCGCCCCCACAUGUGUGGGCGCAGUGCUGCCCUGCCCCACCUUGGAACAGCUGCGUCUGUCGGGCGGGUGAGGACAAGAGCCUCCCAUCUGCCCUCCUGUUGCCCGGUCCUUACGCUCUGCAUUGUGCUGCUUCGCGUAAUUUCAUUCACGUGCAAGAGUACUUGUGUUAGUUUUCACUUUUGUAUAAAGUACUGAAAAUGGUAUAAAAUAAUUAUCUGUACAGAGCUAUUUGUGUAGAAUAAUGAAUAAUAAUUAUUAUGAGGAAGAAUGUAUUACAUUUUAUUAUAUUGCACGGUGACUGGACCGCAAGUAGCGGUGUAGUGUGUGAGGCUGGCAAGGAGGCAGCCUAGGUGCUGAAAUGCGAUGCAGUGGCAUUGUUUAACUAGCUGGCUGUUCAGGGAAUUUCAUAAUUCAAAAGUUGUUGUUAAAAAAACAGAAAAGUACCCUAAAAAUAUACAAAUUAUAUAUAUAUGCCAAAAUAUAUAUACACUUAUAUACCGAAUGCCCACAUUGGACAGAGCCGUGUUGUUGUAUGCCAUGGAGGUUGCCUGAGCAGUGCCUGGGGCAUCCCACAAGUCAGUUGCACUGCCUUCCAAUAAUUUGUUGUUGCAUUUGUGCUGGGUUCACAUGAACUCACGGCACUAACAUAAGACCAAGAAUCUGCAGCAUUUUGCUAUGGUCUUUAAUUUGUUUAAAGAGCUAUCCAAGCAGCCAAGUGCAGUUUUACUGUGUUGCAUAAAGUCUUGCUGAAGUGAUACUAUUUUUACUGUUUUGUUGUUAUCUCAGUCUAUGCAUUUAUGCGCAAGGGCUGCCUUGCGGUGAGGUUUGGCAGUGUAUUUGCCCUGUCGGUUGGGUUGUACAUGCCUUGUUGCUGCUGGGCAGUCCUGGCUGCUGGGCGGAAGUUUGCGUGUGAGUUACGAGUGCAUUGUAUGUAUGUGACGUGUGCUGUGGUGUUCCUCGGUCUGGUUGCUCGAAAUUAGCAGUGCUUCGGUUGGUGAGCCUGGGUGUCAGCUUCCGAGUGGAAGAUGGAGGCAAGUUGUGAGGGAGAAAGGGAACUCUUUCUCUUGUGAUGAUUCCGGUAAUGGAUCCUAGAAUGUGUCCAGUGCUCAACCGAUGACUUUGAAUGAUCUCAGCAGUGGUGUGCCAGUGAUUUACAGACCUUUUCACACAAUGUGUUUUCAAUUCUUGUCAUCCACACUUGGAUUGAAAUGUUUCAUUAUUUGCAGGUUUUUUUUUAAACCACAAGUCUUUCUUCUACUUGAUUUAUAUUGUGCAACAAUGAGAGACGCGUAUAGAAGUGCUUUCUUUUUUUAAAAAAAAUGCCUUGGAAAAAAAAAAGCAGUAUUGCAUGCGUGUGCAAAUGUCUGAGGUAUGUUGUGGUUUUUGUUUUGGAUGAUCUUAUUAGAAAGUUCUACAGUAAUCAGUUUGGGUUUUAAACUUCCGCACUUCUUGGCUGUUGGGAGGUCCCGGGUGGGGCCUCAGUUGCACUGGCAUAGCUUGUGUGUCUGGGGCCUGGCUUGGGCUGGUUCAAGCACCACCUACUGCAGGCUGGUCCUCAGCUUGCGCUGGGGCCUGGUUGAAGUCACAAUGGCAUUGCUCGUGGGGUGGGGCCUCUCUCGUUCAGCUGGUACAGUGUUCCAGGGCAAAAAGUCCAACGCUAUUAAUAGUGAUGAAUUCGUGUUCUGGGGGCAUUUUUAAAACUUUAGCAGCCAAGGGUACUAAUGUACAUGGUGCCAAUAAAUCAAAUUUUAUGAUGUUUGGUGAGACUUGUCUGCCAGGGGCCCCCCCUUGGUUACAUUCAUACUCAUGUAGCAUACUGUUCCAGUCAUCAAAUUGUAGUAUUUACAACAUGUGAUAUGAUUUUUUAAGAUGAACUUCCUAAGUUUUGGGACUGUGGGAAGUUAAGAUUGUAGUUUUUUAAAAAAAAAUGAAGAUCUUACUUCCAGUGAUUUAAGGGUAUUAUUUGGAUAUUUUGAGGUCGUGCUUAUUAGGAUUUCUAUGGUGUAUUUAUUACUUUGUUGCUCCUUUUUUGAUUCAGGGGGCCCCAAAGGACUGAUUUUGGGAGGGGGGACCUAAGAAAUCCCAAGGAAGCGCCGGCCUCCAUCAAUGCGCAGGAUCGUGAUCACAAAUGUAAUUAUUUUUGUUUUGUGGAUUCCUGCCUCCACUGAUGUGUGGGUCUUUGUGCCUGCAUUAAAUUAAGUGAUGGGUUUUAAGGGGUUCUUUUUGUGUUGUGCUGAUUGAAUCGGCAAAACUACUUGUUUGCUGGUCUAAAUCUAGUUGAUAAGUUGUACAGUCUGAAACCAUGUGUGAUAUUUGUUGAAUAUGAAAACCUCAUUGAGCAAUGCUAUUUUUGGUAGUGACAUUUAUGACCUUGUAAUAUAGGAAGUGAGAAGCAUAUUUGAUAUUCAAAAAAAAAAAAAUUCAUGAAACAUGAAUAUUCAAAGUGCAAUUGAGAGAUCAUGGAAGAAUGUUAAAAAAAAUGGUAACCUGAGACAAAAUACAGUGAUUUUUGUCAGUGUACAAAUUGUUGUUUUUGUGCCUAUUGUCCCUUGAGACCAAUCCUUGUCACACCUAUACAUUAGAAAAUAUAUUUAUCUUUUUUCC